AUGCGGAAACCUAAGCUGUCCUUGCAUGCGCCUGCUGAACAUAUAAUCAGCUUCACGUCCAAUGAGGGUCCGUCGGACUCGUUCCUGUGUGGACAGAUUUCGUUCAGCAACGUACCGCUACAAUGCGACAUUCAAGUAACACUUGCAAGAGUCGGGCGACUGAAGCAAGGCAAAGACGUGAACGAUAGGGCUGGCUCAAAAAAAUUCAUACGAGAGCUUGGUUUUAUGGGAUCGCAAAAAGAGCAGAAAUGGGAACAAUUCGACUAUGACUCUGCAGAAAAACUGAGUGGGUGCUCGAUCAGCCCACCACGAACAACGUCUGAUACCAAACCCACCAAGUGCGACUUCAGAUUACCGGUGCCUUCGUAUCAUCCUGCAACAGCGGCGCUUCCAUCAGUAGAAAUAUCGUACGCCAUCUUUGCAACAUGCGAUUUGCCAAACGGAAAGACCUUGCGGUGUAGACAAGAUCUGGGCGUUAUACGUAAGAAUGGCAAACCUAUACUUUUGGAACCAUCUCGCAAAGUCUCGUUCCCAGAAUCAACGCUUGUUGUCAGAGCCAGCUUCGACGCACCAAUUAUGGGCACCAAGAACAUUGUCAUCCCCACCACACUGCAACUGCACGGCCUAAGCCUCCCCAGCACCAGCUCUAUGCGCACCAACGAGACACGCUGGCUUGUCCCCCGUGAGAUAAAGUGGGAGUUCGAGGAAACUGCCGUCCUAAUCACCGGCUUCCCAGACAGCACCGGUCACGUACCAAUGUCGACAGCACAACGUGUACUGAAAAAACGAAGGCUAGCGGCAGGCGCAGAGAAGCUGAAGCUCAAAUACCCGUUCAUGCGCCCAGGAAACACAUUUGUCCGCAUGCUACAAGACGACAAUGGGAUGGAAAUCCCUUUCCACAUCAGCGCGCCCAAAACCACCCAACUGGGCGACAGCACCGCACUCUCCGUAGCAGGCAGCCACAUUCUGCACACCGUGCUGUUGUCAGACCCGUCCGCGGAUGCAGAGCUCCCGCAGAAGCGCUUCGCCGUCUACCUCGAGUACAAGCUGCACAUGUGGCUGCGCAUCGGUGAGGAUAUCUUCGACGAGGCGUCGGGAGAUCUGGUGAACCGCAAAAUGGACGAGAUGGCCUACACGGUGCUCUGUCCGCUGACGAUGCAGCACGCCGUGCCAGCUCAGCAGGGCGCCGGAUUGGAUGAGGCGCCGCUGCCAGUGGUUCCGCCGCGUUAUGAUGGCGUGUGGGAACUGCCUCCGCCGGGCUAUACGACGUAUGGCUGCGCCCUUCGCGGGCCUGUCAGGGAAGCUAGAGGCUCUCCACAGCCUUGA